UUGAUAUUUAUUCGCUUGCUGUUGAUUUCCUCAGUGAUUUCGACGUUUGGCGAGAGCCAGCAGUAUCCUUGCGAGUCCUGUUGAAAACAUUGCCUAACGCGCUUCAGAACGCUUUCCACUAUGGCUGGGGGGAAGUUCAAUGUUGGUAUCAUUGGCUACGGGUUGAGCGCCAAAACCUUCCACAUUCCUUUCAUCAAGGCUGUGCCCGAUCUCAGUUUGUACGCCAUCGUUCAGAGAAGUCCAAAGCCCGAUGACGAUGCGAGCAAAGACCAUCCGAAUAUCAAACUAUAUCACUCAGCAGAUGAUUUGGUGAAAGAUGACCAGGUUCAUGUCGUGAUCGUCACGACAGCACCAGAUUUACAUUUGCAAAUGGCCAAAGCAGCACUACUUGCGAAGAAGCAUGUUGUCGUCGAGAAGCCAUUCACACCUACAUCCACCGAGGCACAGGAACUCGUGGACAUAGCAAAGGGCCAAGGGGUGCUCCUCACCGUCUACCAGAACCGACGAUGGGAUUCGGAUUUCUUGACGGUGAAGAAGUACGUCCAAGACGGUACCCUAGGUCGAAUCGCUGAAUUUGAGACGCACUUUGACCGCCAUCGGCCAGAACCCCCGACGGGCACCUGGAAGGCACAUCCAACUCCUGGAAACGGCGCGGUGUACGACCUCGGGACUCACCUUAUGGAUCAAGUAGUUCAUCUUUUUGGCAUGCCCCAACGUGUGACAGGUUUUGUGGGAUCACAGAGAGAAGUCAACCCAACAGGUCUCGAAGACUCUUGCACGGUAUUGCUACAUUAUCCCGGUAUGCUAGUCACGGUCAAGGCUGGCGUGGUCAGUCCUGAAGUCAAUCAAUUGCGGUUCUGGGUGCGGGGUGUCAACGGGUCAUUCAAGAAAUUUCACUUGGAUCCGCAAGAGGAUCAAUUGAGAAAGCAAGGACUGGGCCCGGGGGACAAAGGAUAUGGACUCGAGCCUCAGGAGAGAUAUGGGACCCUAAAUAUCUGCAAGGAUGGUAAGAUUGUGAGUGAGGUUGCUCCGACCGUGGAACCACCAACCUAUGUCGAGUACUAUCGUAGAUUGGCGGCUGCGCUCGGCGGUGAUGCUUCCCAAAUACCAGUGCCUCCUGAGGAGGCGGUAGGCGUGAUCAGACUUGUUGAGCUUGCCAGAGAGAGCUCUAGGCUCGGGAAGACCUUGGAUGUAUAAGAAAGCACAUGUACUUGGAGAAGGCUGUAGGGGCGCACAGAUCAGGUAACUGAAGAAACUAUCAUCCUUUCCAGCCGC